AUGGCCCAAAUCUACUACACCCGCCCAACACCCCUCCUCACGACAUUCACAAUCAUCACGGUCCUAUUCGGCCUCAGUGCAUUGAUAGCCUGGAUGAUACUCGGCCUUCAGAACACGGCCGGAAUUGCCCUAUUCGCCAUCAGCUCUUUAGCGCAUUGCAUGAACCUGCUACUGGAUCCGGAGACGACGUAUAAGACGACGCGCGUAUUGGAGGAUGGCACGACUGUGCGGGUGAAGAGGCCGUUGGUUGGGUUCAAGGCGAAUGAGACGGAGGUGGGAGUCACCGGGGGGUAUGAGGUGAGGGUGGAUGGGUGGAGGUACGAGCAUGCUCUUGUUAGAUUGUGA